UGUGAGUUAUGUUUCUCUCAGAGAAGCGGCCACUUGUCCUCCUACCUGUAAGACAGGUAAAAUACGACUAAUUGCUCGACCUAUACAAGAUCAGUGUCGACAAGCGACCAACAAGCGUCUGUGCUAGGACCAUAGCGAAUAGAGACAGAAGCCUAUUGUGGACGAUGCAAUGCACGAAGAUCUACCGACAUAAUCUGGACUUGGAAAGACGUUUAUAUUUUGAUUAGCAUGUUAUACAAUUUUGGGAUCGGACCUAUUAACAACAACAAUAAUUGUUUGGAAAUAUUUAGCAGAGAUAUCUUGCAUGAUGCUGGAUCAGUGGUGGUAAUGAAAUGGAACGACAUCAGCGUGGUGUAAAGUGAUGGUGAUCAGGAACUCCAGAAAUCUAGCAACUUUCAUAUUCCAUAAUAAUCGUCAUCAUCAUCGUCAAAGCCAUGAAAACGGGACAUUUUAUGGAAAUCCAAGUCUUUAUCAGUUUAUUUAUGUUUGGUAGCGUUUUGUCAUCACGUGAUGCUGACGUAUGUGGCAUCCCUGCCUGCAUGAACAAGACGAGCCUUCUUCCACCUAUUACCAUGUUCAGUCUCCAUGGCAACAACGUGCCCUUUAAGGGGAUGGCGUAUUUACUUCAGCCUCCGCGUGGCAUGCACUGCUACAUAAAUCUCACCACCAUUUUACAUAAUUACAACUUCACACAAGAACCUGCUGUUGCAAUAUUAGCUAUCCAUUGUCAGCGACCUUUCAUCAUUCAUAUGAGUGAGUUUGUUGGAGAUUCCCUAAAUCAUAUCUGGUACUACUUCCAAAUGCAGGGAUGUAGGACUACUUACAGGAGUCUGAACCGUCUAUCUACUGCUGUUGACUUAAAAACCAUCACCCUACCAAGCAAAGCCUAUAUACAUACAAAUGGUUCAGACUGUCUCUCGUCAAACAAAUCCAUCCCAGAAUGUCAUGCCAUUUACAAUGUGCAAUCCAUUUGGAUUACUCAUUCCUAUGGCUAUCCGGAACAGGACCUCGUUGACCUAUUCCGAUGCGCUGAUGUGUUCCCUAAUAUGACAGAAUUGACUGUGACAAAUAUGUCUCUAACGGAACUUCCGCCGUCCAUUAUCCGAAAGAUUCCUAACGUUCAGUCCUUAGAAAUAUCUAACUGUCAACUCACUCUUCCACCUAAAGACUUUCCCUGGACGGAGCAGUCGGUCAGGUUAACAGGUAACCUCACUAUGGAGCAAUAUUUCCUUGAGCAUUAUGCGAAACCUUUUAACAUUGAACUUGACCCUAACCUAUACCGAAGAAUUCUUAAUCUUAACUUCAAUCGAAUAUCAAAUCUAUCAAACUUUCUGUUUAAAGGUCAUCUCCAAAUGAUUCGGUUGUCGGGAAAUGGAAUGAUAGAAAUAGGGUCGUUAACAUUUCGCCAUCUUGUUGGUAUUCAGCAUAUUGACGUGUCUCUUAAUAAACUGAGGUCGGUACCGGAAGGUCUUUUCCUAGGAUUAACCAGCCUCCGACAUAUUGAUUUAAGCAGUAAUGAUUUAGAGUCGCUACCAACUAAACUAUUUAAAGAUGUUACAAAUGUAGUACAUCUCAAUCUCGCUAACAAUUCAUUGGAACAUCUACCGAAUGGAGUUUUCUCGACUCUAUCACACCUACAAGAAAUCCAUUUAGAGCACAAUAAAUUAGUGACGAUAGAGGCCAAGUCAUUUCUUAUUACUUCCUCCACCCUGACUAUGUUGUAUUUUGAUAGUAACCCUCUCAGGGUUGUGCCUGAUAUUGUUUUCUACCUACGUUACCUCAAUACAGCCUACAUCAGGAACACAUUUAUAUCCUUCAAUAACUUGACAGAGAUCACAUCUCGCGUGAACUGGUCUCGGCUGACAGAUGCCGUGAUUAAGUCGACCAGUAGUGCAAACCUUGACCUGAACAAACCAGCUGACACGUUACGAAAGGUGGACCUCACCGGAAGUGCAAUAACAACUUUCUGGAUCCAGCCAAAUUUAACCGAAUUCCAACAUACUUUUCUUCUUCUUCUCCUGCGCCAUUUCCAUUUCAUUCUAGACAACAAUAGGAUCACUUGUGACUGCAAUAUUAUCACGUUCUCGAAAUGGAUCCAUAAACUAAAACGUGAUGGGCUGUUGACUGGUACAGAAUAUUUUUUUACCGAAUGGAUUUGUAUGUAUCCAUAUGAACUCAGGGGGAGACGACUCCUUAACGUAAAGCCAGAGGAGACCUACUGUGUUACUAACGUCACUAACUGUCCAGCAGAGUGUUGGUGCUACAAGCGAUCUGUGUCGGAGGUCAUCAUCGUGGACUGUCGGGAUCGGAGUUUGGAGGCAUUGCCGAGUGUUCUACCAGAUGGUCGACUUGACUUGUGGUUCCAUCGAAACAACAUCUCCAUCUUAGAAAACAAGGCGUAUCUGUCUCGAGUAAGACAACUCGUACUCAGUUACAAUAACCUAGAGGUCAUCGAAAGCUCGGCAAUAUCUUCUUUGAAAAAUGUGAUGCUAUUUUAUCUUGAUUCGAAUCUUCUAGCAAUUCUCCCAGCUCAAUUUAGGGAUAUGAAAACUCCUUUGAUAAUGCUUAAGAACAAUCCUUUCCGUUGCGAUUGCAAUACCUUGUGGAUGAAGUCAUGGAUACUAAAUCACCAAAGUCGCAUUCCUGACUGGACGGAGAUUUCUUGUAACAGUCAGAACGACGAUGGGAAACAGUUCGUCAGUCUACCUGAUAAAGAGUUUAUAUGUGUAGAGGAUUUUGAUUCCGUGAAACAUGUCAUCACUCCAGUCGUGUCUAGCUCGCUAUCCCUGGCAGUGUUUUUGGUAGCACUCGGUUUGCUCUACAUAUACCGUCUGGAGGUGAAGGUCCUUUUGUAUAUAUACUGUGGCAUUCAUCCAUUCGACAAGGACAAGAAAGGCGGAAAGGAGAAAAUAGACGCCGUCGUCAUACAUGGUCCGGGUGUAACAGACUGGGUGAUGAAAAACAUCGUCACGUAUCUGGAGGAGAACGCUCAACAUUACGUCAUCUGUGAGAUUAACAGAGACUUUGUAGCAGGGUUUUCCUAUCAGGAGAAUAUAGUUAGUAUCGUACGCCGGAGUAAACGGAUGAUUCUGAUUCUGUCGGACGAAAUGACAGACACACACGACAUGUUCAAAGUAGCAUGGAGAGAAGCACAAUUAAAAAUCAAAGAAAAGAGGACAAAUUACGUCAUUGUUAUAGGCCACAACACACCAAGAAAAAAACUGACAAACAAGGAACUUAAACGGUACCUUAAACGUGGAAGAUUUGUACACACAGGUGAAGCUCUCCUGCGCGAAAAAAUAUUAUACUCGAUGCCAAAUUAUAAAUACACUGCUGAUAAUGGUGGAGUCCGAGGUCUCCCGAAUAUUAGAAAAUGUAUACAAAAUACUUAUGAUACAGAUGAUAAAGGAGAAGACGAAAUCCAAUUUGACGCUUUCCUUGCCUAUGGUGACACUGAUAGAAAAUUUGCUGUCAACGCCCUUCGAGCUGAUUUAGAGAAAAACGGAUAUACUUUAAUAAUACCAGAUCGCGAUUUCCCUCCAGGAGCCUCAAAAGAGGAAAAUAUACUCGAAGCGGUGUCACGCUGUCAUCACACGCUCUUCAUUUUGUCAGGGGAACAUCUUGAGGAUGAAUGGUCCCUCUUCACCUUCCGUUCAGCCAUUGAGAAAUCCUUACGUAAUAAAAGCAAUCACCUUAUCUUAUUGUCCGCUCUCAAAGAGGACAUGAUCAUUGUUGAUGAGGAAGUCAAAUAUCAUAUGAAGACACAGGUCGGACUUGAUAUAAAUAGUCCUUGGUUCUGGGAAAGGCUUCACAAGGCUCUGCCGCGAAAAGGUGAGGGUCAAAGUCAGCAAAUAUUCUUAGAGGACGAGAAAAACGUGGAAGAGUUAGAAAGAAUAAAACUACUGAAAGAAAAAGAAAAAGAGGAAAAAGAAAAGGAAAUGGAGAGAAUGAAAAUGUUCAAAGAGGACGCGGAUGAGAACGAGGGAAAAGUUAAAGAAACUGAAAGAUUGAAAAGGAAAAAUGGAGAUUCAUUUCUCUUACACGAAAAGGAUAUAUAUAACAAUGAGAUCACUGAUAUUGACAUCAAACAAAUAGAAGGACAUGAAAGUUUGCUGUUUAGAGCAAAAUUGAAAGAAAUAGACAUAGAAAAUGAACAAGAGGAAGGAGGAGGAGUUCCAAAAGAAAUCAAACAAAAGAGUAGUUUACAAGUUACCUAUGUAUGAAAAGUUGAAAGAUUGAAAUAUGAAACAAUUUAUAGGGAUUUAUAUAUAAAAGAAUGUGUUUAUUCAAAGUACAAAAAGUAUAGCCUAAAUUAUCUUCAUCUUCUACACUACAAGAAAAAAAGAACAAUUUGCAAAAUGACAAAAAAAAAAAAAGAGUUGUAGAAGCUUGUGGCCAAAUUAUUCCUUGUGCACGUGCGGCCUUAAUUUCCAACUGGCUGUUUUUUUGUUUCGUCAUCUGACAUAUCACGCCAAGCCUGGUCACAUUUUAUUAUCAUUAAUUCGUAUUCGCUUUUAAUGUGUUAUUUUAUGAUGAGUUAAUUGUCAGGUUUGUCUCAGGGAAAUAUAUCGUUGUACAAUAUAUAAUGUACAGGUAACAUUUACUGUAUGAUGCAUUAUUUAUAUGCAUAUUAAAACGUUUUUUAUUAAAAACUUUUUUUCUCUAUUUGACUGAUGAAGGUCACGUGAUUUUCUCCAAAAAAAUUAUUGAUGUGUCGUGUGGAAACAUGCCAAACUUUCCGGUGAAUAAGUGUGUUCGUUUAGACAGAAAGGGUUGGAUUCGUUUAUCAGGAACGUGGAAAUUUGUAUAUUCUAUAAUUUUAUAGUUCCAUUACAGAAAUCAAACAAUUCACGGUAAAAAUUGACUCUAAAUGUUAAAGAAGUGUUUUCGUUUUUCAAAAUACUCAGCUAUUAAUAAGCAAUUUAAGUUAAAAAAAACCAUUCGAAGUCAGUAAAAAAAAAAGAUUCUUAAUUUGUAAAUGUUCAAAUAAACAA